ACAGGCAGGAGCGCGGGACGCUUGGGGAUACCUCUUGGGAACAUCGCUACAGAGCGGCAGUGAACGUUACACGGGAAUACAAGGCAGGAUUCUGCCAUAGUGAAACUACUCGUGCAUUGAACAGUCGGGAAGAAUUAAAUGGAAUUAAACAUCAUCUGAGAGAGUUCUAACAGAAAGAUGGGAUUGUCGUGAUUACUGUAAACAGUUCAGAUGAUGGCGUCAGUGUUACAACACGUGAAAAUAUGGAGUUACUAAUAUCAUGAGGACAGAAAAUCCGUUCUUUUACGCCUUGUGUCAUGUGUAAGAAACAUCCGCAACUAGUUUAAUGACGUUUCCUGUCAGGAAAUUCAAUAAGGAAGGCCAAACAAUUUGAAUAAGAAAUCAACAGUAAAGCACUGGAAUAAAAUGCAUUAGGUUUAUACGUGGCGACGACAAGAAAAAUCCAAAUGGCGUGGGCGAACGUUAGCAAUAUCACCGUCGGACCAGCGGAUACCCACAAUGCACCUAAGUACAUCGACAGUGUAAGCUUUGAACGUCUACAGACGUUGAAGGAACGAUAUGCUGACAUUCAUGGCUACGUUAGUACGACCGUUUGUGUGGUAGGGGUGUUACUGAAUAUCGCAAACAUAGUCGUUCUGAAUAAGAAGCAUAUGCGCACCUCAACUAAUAUCAUAUUGAUGUGGUUGGCGGUUGCGGACCUUUGCACGAUGGUGGAAUAUGUGCCGUUUGCUCUCAAGUUUUAUGUGUUCAAGGACGAAGGGUUACCCUCCCUUUGGCAUGUUCGAUCUUACAGUUGGAUGUGUUACCUUUUGUUUCAUGCCAACUUCAGUACGACUAUGCACGCCGUGUCGAUAUGGCUGACAAUCAUGUUAGCAACAUUUAGGUUCAUUUAUAUAUUCUUCUUAGAUAAAGCCAGUAAAUAUUGCAGUAUUCACCAUGCCAAAAUGGUUAUCUUAGUUGUUUAUAUGUCUGCUGUGGUUGUGUGUAUACCAAACUACAUCUCGAAUUACUGGGAGCUGACAAACCAGACAGCCAAUAAUGAGACUGUACAUACAUUCUCCCAGCGAAGAAAUGGAAACUAUAUCUACAUAUUCGAUAUGAACUAUUGGGUACAGUCUAUUCUAAUUAAGCUAUUUCCAUGCGUGUUACUUACAUUGUUGACGAUCAUGUUGAUAACAGCACUCCACCGAGCGCAUCGCAACCACGUUCAUUUGAAGUCGCAGGGAAUGCGGAGGGACGAUAUGGAGAAACAUAACGAACAUUUUCGGACAACGGCAAUGCUUCUUGCGGUUGUAAUACUGUUCCUUGUAACAGAGCUACCGCAGGGAAUCAUGACAUUGCUCAUGAUUUUUAUGGAGGAACUUCAUAAUGAGCUAUAUAGUCCGUUGGGAGAUAUAUUGGACAUCGCUGCACUGCUCAACAAUGCAAUAAACUUCGUCCUAUAUUGCACAAUGUCGCAGCAAUUCCGUGACACGUUUAUACAGACGUUUUGUAGCCGUUGUUGCGUUGACGAAGGACAAAACAUUCGGAAGUACCCGAACAAUUCAAUUAUUAGGGCCAAUAACCGCAAACAGUCAAAAAUGGGAGACAUGGUCUAGGAUCUAUGGUCAUAGUUGUAAUAUUAGAGAUCAUGUAUAAAUUCAAAUGUGAUAAUUGUCACAGAACAAGGGAACUAAAAUGUUCUGAAAUGUAUGCAUGUUAUUAGUGGUAUAUUGUAUAUUAUUUCAUCACAAAUGUAUAUUCGCAUGUACGAAUGUCCUACAUUGAAGGAUCAGAAAUGUUGUAAUUUUAUGACAUGAUAUCGUCAUGUUAAUACUAGUUCCAUUGAGAGGGGCAUUCAAAAUGUAGUUUGAUUUGGAAAUGUAUUUAACUGUUGUAAAGCGAUUUGCCAAAGUUUCUAUGAAACUUGUCUUCUUUAAGUUAACAUGCAUUGUACCUGUCAGAAUGAAUUGAUUUGAUAAAAUGUUCGCUAAACCAAUCAUAAUUUCAUAUUAUUUAAAUAAAGAUUUCACUAGAAAAU